AGCGCGCCCACGGAGAUGGAGCUGAACUCCCUGCGCUCCUCCACAUCGGACGAGGGCUCGUUACCCAUGGCCUCUAGAGAGAGACUGGCACGUUCUAGAGAGACGCUGCCUGUCGACCCCGACGCGGCACAGUCCGCCGUGCCGUUGGCGAGCUCCAGUCCGACGCGGGCCAGCUGCGAUUCUCUGAGGAAGACUCCGCGUGGAAGCGCGAGUGCGGUAGACGAUCCCUGCUGCAAAGACAGUGGCGAGGUGUGGGUCAAGAUGGAUCCGUCCUCGGCAGUGCUCCCGCGACGGAAAAUUUCGGGAAGAUCCCCAGCUACGUCUGUCGAUCAAGUGUGGUCGAAGGCCGGAGCGAGGAGGCGCCUGCACGACAGUGGCACUGCCUGGUCGACAGAAGAUUUCACGGGUCGAGGAGACGACGACAUAUGGGUCAGAGCCAAGACUUCGUCGUUGGACAUGAAGCCUGUUGACACACAAGAACAAGAAAUUAAGCCGGUUGUGAAUGAGAGACUAUCAGCUGAUGGCUUGCAUUCUGUUGCAGAUGGCCCUGGACCCAGCUCUCAAGGGACCAAAGGAAAGAGUUUAACUAUAGAUCGCAGCAGUGCAGUGAAACUCAAGCCAGGAGCAAAGGAAGACAGAAGCUCUUUCCUCAACUGGCUGUGGACGCUAUUCAGGAGCAAACGGAAGGAUGCAAAGGAUGAAACUGACCCAAGCGGCAGCAAAACUCAAAAAGAAGCUAAUGCUACAAAUGAAACCAGUGUUUUGCAGAGUGAGAAAAAGACUGACCAGAAAGAGAAAAAGAUACUGGGAGAAGCUGCUCGCGCUGUUCUCACUGGAAGUGACUUCAGAUUGAUUGACGAUGAUGGUGGUCGUGGUGAUGUGUAUGAGGAUGCUUGUGCCGGUGGGGUGCUUCCAGACGCUGCUAAUAAAGAAGAUCUAGAUGACACUGUUAUCAAUCCAGUAAUUGCCAAGAGACUAGAUGACAUUGAUGAGGUCUUACAGGCCGCGUAUGAGCGUAAUAUUGCAUACGGAAGGUCUAUCAGUAUGCAGCGCCUGGAGGUUAAUGCAGGCCACAAAUACCAAAGAGAUUCCAGAGAAAGUAGCAGGGAAGCUGAUGGCGAUGACAAGUCCUCAAGCCACCUCUCUUUGUGCAGAGCAGGAGAGACAACAGUACUGUUGCCAGAGGGCAACAGUUCGCACAAGUACCAUGAAAAAAAAAUCAGUGUGGGAUCGUCAUCGCCGUCCAGCUAUUACAGCCAUUCUCGUUCUGAAUCAGAACUGACAACCGAUGACGAAUUUUUGGCUCUGGGUACUCCUCCACACCCGCCCAAAGUGAAGCCGUCACAGGCUGGUUACAUGAGGCUGAGUGAACCGAAUUUCAGCAAUGCAGAAUGUGCAAGGUUUAAAGUAGGACGUUUCCUCCAGCAGAGCAACGAUGAGCAGUGGUUUGGGCAUUCUGAUCAGUCGUUAGAAGGCAAAGUGGCUGGACAGCCUGAAGCAAUUAGUGGUACAGAUGAUGUCAGCAGCACAGCCGUACCAGAUCAAGGAUCUGCGGCUGUGGAGGAUAAACUUAUGAAGAUAACUACUGGCUUUGAAGCCGGUGUUCGUGCAAUUAGACAGGAUAUCGAGCAUUGUUUGGCCUCAGCUGAGCAAGCUUCCGUAGGUGAAGCAAGUGCUGCAUUUAUCUCGAUGGAGAGCAGUUGUCCCAAAAUCUUACAACAACCUGCAGUGCCUGCCCUAGUUGUGUCUGAAGAAGCAGAAGACAACGAUCGCGACCUGUGCGGUUUCACAGAUGAUGGUCUGGAUGACAUCCUGAAAACUUCAACCACCACUGAGAUGGAAGCAGAUGAAUGGGCAGGCUUUGAUCCAGCUGCAUGGUCACGCGAACAUGGAUUUGCAGUCCCAGCAGAUUCUGCUUGCUACACGAGCAUCUUACCAUCUGGGAAGAAGCUGGUGGACGUGAGGCAAGGCGAAGUGGAGGGUGCUGCUAGAAAUGAAUCCUGGGCAGACAUCCAGAGGGCGCUGCAAGAGCUGGUAGAUAGCCAGGACUCUGCUCUGAUCCAAGAGCUCAAGAAGACACCUGAAGAUGAAACACUCCUGGGACCUCUCUCAGAGGAAACAGAUCUUACUAUAAGAGAAGACGUAUCGCCUCUGGAAACUGGAGUAAUGUCUGCAGUCACCAACUCCCCAACUCCUCAUCAGGUGUUAAGCGUGCAACAGGUGCAAUCAAAGGAUAAUGACAUCCCACAAACUGAUGUUACUAAAAUCAGCGAUUUAGUGUCUACUGACGCUACAAAAUCAACAGCUACGGUCAAUGUCUUCCCUAUGAUUCACCCAGUCGAAAGUAGUGAACAGGUUCAGUCGAAGGAUAAUCAGAGCCUACGCAGAGAAGGUGUAACAGCUCCAAAAGACCCUUUCUGUGAUUCGAAUUUCGUCAAGAGAAAGGAAGAGCCAAAGGCUGGAACUCAACUAGCGUUGCAGCCACAGUUUCAGGAAGUGCCCCCUGUCACAGGAUCUUCUGUUGUAUCUCCAGUAAUGAAAGAUCCAGUAGGCUCAGAGAAUGUUAAAGCCUUUUUUGAUGAAACAUUGGACAGAUCAGAGCUACCUGUGCAGCCAUCAGAAGAAUUUGUCGUAGAUGUAAGGUGCAUCAGACAAGGAGAAGCUAAACCGUCUCCAGACAAUCUGCAGUCAGUUUCUUCAGUAAACGUUUUCACUCUUUCUGAUGAAACCUUAAAUAAUUUACGAUCUGCAUCUCAGAACGUGAAGAAAAGUACCGCCCUAGAACUCAUAGCACCAAGUGAGGAGUUGUUUGAAGAUAAGAUGAAGGUGUCAGAGACUCCCUCAGUAGAUUUAUUGGAAGACUUGCCUGUUGCUCAAGGAAGAGCUGUCACUCAGACAGACACAAUAAAAGAUAUAACCAUUAAUAUGGCUCCUCGUAAGACAUUGGAUGCCCAAAAUACAGCGUCUAGUUCGCAGCAGAAAUUCAUUCCUGGAGUGUUUACCGUUGACUGCACAGCUGAGCCUCACAAGGAGACUGAGGUUUGUUCCGAUGUCCUCACACUUACAGAAACAGUUCCUACAUUUGCUCGAGAUUCUGACUGCUCAGGACUAACAAGUGUGAUACCUCAAGACUCGAAUUUGCAGAAGUCGUUAAUUUCUUCAGAGUCAAAAGAAAAUGAUGACAGAGACAAAGCUGAUAGCACGUCGCUAGAGAGAUGUCAACAGAUAGGAAGAGAGCACUUCUCAUUGAUAGAUAAAGAGGAGCAGGAUUGGUUUGGUCCUCACAUAACACAGGAUUCAGAAGUGUUGCAAUGGAAGAAGCCCCUACUGGAGUCUGCUGGCGCCUUAGAUGAAACUUACACUUCCAAAGCCAUUGGUACUUUCCUUAGCGGAGAUCUUGUAAAGGAGGAGGAAAUCAGUAUUCCAGUUAGAGCAGAGAAAACAGCUUUUGCAGAGAAUUUAAUGCCUGACCAAUCAGAUAAUUUGAUUAGCAAACUGGCAGAUACUUCAUCAGACACAGUUUGCAACAUUGCUGGAGAAUAUGGACUUUUGAGUGCAUCAGUACCCAGCAUGCUGUAUGAGCAGAGUCGACAAGAUGUGGACAGUAAAAUUGCUGAUGUAGGUACUGCAGAUAGAAGUAUGGUUAGCCAACUGUUUGAUGCCACUUGGCAAGCAGCACAAAGUGAAGAAGAAGCUGCAAAUAUCAUGGACACACCAUCUGCAGUUUCACCAUCAUUAAUAUACCAAUCGAAUGAAGCAGAAUUUUUGUUGGAUCCCAUUGCUUUACCUCGCCAGCACUGUGAGAAAGCUGAGUCUUCUACAAAAUCUGGGUCACCAUAUGAUGUGUUGGAAGAAUUUGUCCAAGUAUCAGCAUCUAACCAGAUCUAUAAUCUGAGAGAACAAUCUCAUGAUCUUAGAGAUAUUGCAGAUCAGCUACUGUCUCUAAAAGAACAAUCUCAUUCUUCCGAAGAUACCAAAAGCCAUCUAAAUAGUUUGAAAGAACAUUCUGACGAUUUUAAUGACGUAGCAGGUCAUCUACAGAACUCUAAAGAUAAAUCUAACGAUUUUGGGGGUAUCGUAAGACAGGAUUCAGAAGGAUGGCCUGUUAAUGAAAAGGAUCAGUCCAAUACGCUCAGAAUCAAAAUGGGUAAGACUGUAGACACAAAUAAGAAAACAACCUCUCGAGAUAUUUCCACAGAAUCAGUAUGGUUAUCUUUGGACAGAAGUCUGGAAGACCUCAAAGCACCGGCUGUAUCAUUCCCUCCUGGUCUGUCAUCAACAUCUGCUCUAUUGCCAAGUGUUGAUCCAUUACCAGAUAUGCAGCUGCUGGAUUGUUUAGAUAGUGAUGACUCCAAGCGUUCUGACACAAAGAAGAACAAGAUAGAAGAUCCUUUCAUGCCAUCAUAUAGCAUGCCCCAGAAAUAUGAGACCACUAUGGAAAAAUCUAACGAUAUGUUCUAUGGGUCAGAUGGAAGGGACGUCCUGAAUACUUUAGACUCAGCUUGGUUCCCAUCAGAAGAUGCGUUUUUUACAGAACAAUCAUCUACAGAUAUGAGAUGUGACAGUGACACGCCCAAAGAUACAAUGCUGCCUCCUGAUAAAAUCAGUGGCUCACAACAGGCAACAGAUUGGUGGUCUGAGAAAGGAUUUGAUUCACUGAGUCCAUUCAGAGAGCAAGGUUUCUCGUUCACUGGAGAAAUUAAAUCAGAAGCACCACAGCAAUGGGACUCAUAUAUCUGGACUGGUGAAUUCCAGCCCUCGAAUUCUUCCUCUUCCACUCCAACUGACAUUUCUAAGACUUUUUCUGCCGACAACGCAAAAGAAGACUAUGGUAAAGAUCCAGAUCCAUUCGCAAUUGCCUCUAAGGGAAGUGCCUCAGUCAACACAGCAGAAAACAAGGAACUUCAGCAGAAACAACGUGAUGAGCUGUUAGAUGAAAAGAACACAAAAUCAUCUACCCAAGCAGGUUAUUCCGAAUUUGGUGUGCCGAAGACAGCAUUACCUUCAACAGCUACCUCACAGUCUCCAGAAGAAUCACAGUAUGUGGAACAGCAGAAAUCGCAGUCUAUUUCUGUGACUGAGCAGUCACUGUCUGAUGAGUGUGCUGGAUCAGUAAAUAACAUAGGACACAAAGCAGCAGUUUUAAAAAGCGAUACCACAACAUGUACCAAAAACGAAGCUACAAAUGGAGAUCCAGUGGACAAUUACAGACCCUCAUUCACAAAGAAACAAGAAAUGCACGUGACUGCAGUUCCUCUGGAAAUUAAUCCUCCAAAACACCUCCAUGUGACAGGUGACACUACUGCAGCCUCCCCAUCUUCCAAAAGUGUUCAUGAAGUGGAACAGAGAGAAGCUGAUGAUUUUCAGACUCUUGGAUCAGUGGCAGAGGUCAAGGUGUCAGCAGAGGAGAUUUCUGUUAGUUCUCAUUCGGACUCUCCUCCUCCUCUGGUAGACGUUUCGCCACUGGACACUGCAGACAACUCAAGCCUGGCUGAAGUUCCUGGUACAGUAGUCGAGAAGCACCAACAUUCUGAUCACCGUGCACCACAAGUCUCUACAGCACCAGUCUCUGCUGAACAGAUAGCAGCUACAUCACACAUCAAAUCAGCAGGACCCCCUGUUUCCUGUGACCUCAAUCCAGCUGAAGUAGGUGCAGAUACCAGCUGUCCUAGUAAUAGUGAACAGGGUAUAAACAGUAAACUUGUGCAUCCCGCAAAAGCAGCUUCCACAAGUGCAAAGGCGUCAAGUGCUUCAUCAACCGAGAACGAUGGGACCAUCAUCAGAACUUCAGAAAAAUCAUUGCAAUCAGGAGACUCUCCACUAGAGACUGAUAGUUACUCUGAAGAUAGCGUCUUUUUGGAUGAUGAGGAAGGUGGAGACGUUCUGGGAAGAGCAGGCUUCAUAUUGCACCCCAUAACAAGGCAAUUGAUAAGGCGUUCAUCAUCGGUGACAUCGGAACCUCCUCUGAGUCCAACUAUAGCCGUUGGUCCAUUGGCUGUCACGCCAGAAAACACAGAAGUGAUGCUUGUGGCAACUACAAGUGGUGGACAGGUGUUCAGAGAGGAUGAGUUGAGGGAGAAGCCUCAAAGUGCACGCAAAGCAGAUGCAGAAGUGAAACCUCCAUCAGCUGAACGUAGAGAGUCAGUCGUUCUGGAGAAGAUAACGGCACUUAAACACCACAUAUCCGAAGGUAUUCAGCAUGGCAAGGACAGUGUUUAUAGCACUGAGAGGAAGCUACUGGAAAAGGUUCAGUCGUGGAUAGCUCCCGCCGAGAAGCCACCGGGAAAAGAAACAGAAAAAGUUAUUGUUGAAGAGGAAGAUGUCGUUGAAAAUAAGCAAACUGGACCAACGGCAUCAGAUACGUUAGAAACAGAGAGAGUAAAAAGCACUACUACUACUGUUCAUGAACUGGAAAACAAGAUUAUUAAGCAACAAGACGAGAAAGUGGAAUUAUUCCAACCACCAUCUCCAGGUACUUCUGGAUCAGAAACCAAAAACAAAGUUGCUGGGAAUCAAGAUGAGAAAGUAAAUCUUCCUCAGCCAUCGUCUUCAGGCGUUGAGAAUGAAAUUGUGAGGACUGUGUAUGCAGGACCAGCUCUCAAAAUAGAUGACACACUGCAAGCAACUUCCCCUCCAGAAGAAAUAAAUGUAGUUGUAGAUAAUAAUCUCAAAGAAGUCUGUGUUGGUAAUAUGUUAGCAUGGAACAGAGCUGCCAAAACAGAAGACAAACUGCAAGCAACUUCCGCUCCAGAAGAAAAAGGUGUAGCUCUAGAUAAUAAUCUCAAAGAAUGUUCUGUUGGUAAUAUGUUAAAGGAGAACAGAGCUACCAUGGAAACAUUUCCUCUAACUCCUGAGGGAGAUACUAUCAUUGAAAUGGAAGACUUUGAGUAUGAAACAAUUGUAGUAGACAGAGAUCCGUUGUUAGGCCAAGAGUUCACAAUUCUGGUGAAAUCAAGCACUGACUCGGAACAUUCCAGUUGUCAUUCGAAAACUGGAGUCAGAUCGCCCAAGAGAUUGCAAGCACCUGAUUCCAACGUAGGGACGCCAGUCUCUCCCAAAAAUGAGUCACCAUCCUGCCUAACAGGCCACCCCAAAAACACAGAAGCAGAUAGUCACUGGACUACAGAUUCUUCUAGCAGUCCAGUGGGUUCUGACCACGAUAUCUUCUUUGAAGACAUCCCUCAGCAGUCUCUGGAGUAUGGAAGCCAGACACCAAAUCCAUUUAUGUACGAAGAAGACGGAAGUGACUUUGCGGAUGUCGAGUGCGGAGACAGUUCCCGCCCUGCUACGUCAUCCUCAGACGACUGGUACUUCAGCACCAGUCGGUCUGUAGAUGGGGGUCUGGCUAUCAGCUACGGUCCCCCAUCUAAUGCCAGUUCCAGAAUAGACCUCAGGAAGCUGGAUACCACGGAUACUACUCAACAAGGGACCUGUGCUAAAGAGAAUGAUACGAAGGGGGAAGACGACAUUCUCCAUGCGUCACAUCUACAAGUACCUGUAAAUACUCACAAACAAGGUUUUCUGGAAGUACAACAUGUAGACCUUAAACCACUUAGCGGCGAAGUGUCCCCCGGUGGCAGAUCUUGUGCAUCCUAUGACGGGCCAGAUUACUAUGACAUCGAGAAGCGGAUCGAUAGCGUCCUGAAAAGAAUCGAUGCUCUUCAGGAAUCUGACCCAACAUUUCGUGAAACCGAUAGUGGUACGAGUGGGACCAACCCAUUCGACAUGAGUGAGGACGAGUGGCUGUGCAUGCAGUCUGGAGUGCCACAGGAAGGAUUUGCGGAACUGCCAGAGGAGCCGACUGUAGAGGGCUGCGGGAGCACUGUCGAAGAGGAUCGACGCUUCCUCGAAGAGACGUACCUGAAUACCGGAAAGAAGUCCGGUCGACUCCAACGAGUCUGCACGAGACAAAAUUUGGAUGGAAAAGAAGAUCUUGAUGCCGAUCCAUUUUCCGAUGUAGCUGACCGCUAUAUACCCUCAUCUGGGUCUGUGCUAUCAUCAGCCAGCAGUAUACCAGAAGCUAGUUCAGAUUCUGGCAACCAGGACAAGAACAGCAGCAGUAAUCCAUUCCUCCAGACAAUCUACGAGAAGGGACUACUGUCACAGUCAGCAUUAUCUAUUGAUUUGCCCAACCCAUUCCUAUACACAGAGGCAGAAAUUAGGGAACAGCUGAGGAGGGCUGGGUUCUCCAGCGAGGAGGAGAUUUUCCCACUGUCUCCGCCUGGAGGCACCGUUUCUGAGGCCAGCUCUGGAGUCGCUGGUGACAGAUCCUGCUCUCCAGACAGCAGCUCCAGUGACAGCAGUGACGGGACGUUGGUUCAAGACCCUCUCCCUGUGCUCCCAGUACCGACACAGGAGAUGCUGUUGCCAGACAGGAGCCCUGAUACUAGGACGCUAACUCUCGAGGACGUUUCAGCCCACAAAGAAACUGAAUCAAUAGAGAGAGAUGUGGACAGUGGGAGGUCUUCCAGAGAAGCAGGAGGAGUAAUGAAAGGUAGAACUGAGGAAUCUGCUAGAGGAGCAGGGAUUCAGGACGUGAGGAGUAUGAAUCUCCCAGAUGUAGUAUCCAAAGAGGUCGAUAUAAAUCCAACCACGGAUUACAGAGGUUUCCAGAAAGAACCUUCAUCAGAUCUAGAGAAACGUCAGAUUGCGAGUGGUUUGCCCCGUCAGGUUCGUGCGCCAGUUGACGUCGAUCCUAGCAAGUUAGCCGUUAGAGUGAGCGGCUUAAGUGUUCGAACUGAAACAGGAUUGCAGGCUCCUUCCAGGUUCUCUGUGUCUUUGGCUGUGCAAGACCCGAGUCUUCAACAAGUGGGAAGUACUUUAGAAAGUCACAGUUGUGUUUUUCCAGCUGAUUACAAACCGUGUACUAGCGUUGAUAAUAGUGCGAAAGAGAAUUUCCAGUGUCGACUGCCGAAGGACCCAACAGAAAGUGUGGUUACCGAGUUGCCGGACUUAGUAGGUACCGUGUGUAGUGCUGUGGCCGAGGGCGGCAGUCAAGGUGGUGGUGGUGGUGGUGGUGGUGGUGGUGGUGGUGGUGGUGGUGGUAAACCAUUAUUACCACUGGACCCGGACGGGACGUCGACACAGCAACAAGUACUGCGAGAGGGAACAACGAACGAAACGUCGAACGACGGAAGCCAGCAGGACGAUGGAGCGCUGGACCUGGCGCAGAACAGCAAUGUCCAGGACGCGUUCGUCAUCGCGGUGGAGCAGCAGGCGCGAGAGCGCCUCGAGCGGCUGUCGGCGCUCAGGAGGAUCAAGCCCAUCGACAUGACGAAGCUGUCGCAGCAGGUGAGCCACCAGUAGCAGCUCUCCUCUCCCCGGUGGUGGUGGGCGCUCCUAGCCAUGCACACUAGUAUUACUACCGCCUGGGGCGUCCAACAGAGAACACUUCGUAUCGUAAAGAAACUAUGUAAAAGUUCUGACAUUCAGUUUUUUUGACAUUGUUUUGUAAUUAGAGUGUUUGUUAAUCUGGAGAUCACAUAUUUGUAAUAAAGAUCUUUGAAAGAAGGUA